AUGAAACACGCGAACAGCACUGCGGAGGUUCCUGGUAAUAUGGAAGGCAGCGGUAGGAAAGCUGCUCUGGAUGGAGCAGAUGCUGAGCUUCCUAAGUUAAUUGGUCUCAGCAACGCACCAAAAUGUAUGGCAGCAUGCAGAACCGAGUUCACCAAAGGGCUAGACAUAGACGUGACAAGAGACCCGGCACUAGCCCUUGAAAUCUUAUGCCAUAAGAUCGUGGAUGACCAUCUCGGCGCGUUUCUUUGGGACUUAUACUGUUGCGAUACGAAAUACUGCGGGCUUGGUGUAGUUGGGACCGCCGCUAGACAAGAUCCAAAUGUUGACGGGAUAAUUGAUCAGUGCAAAAAUAUCGGUAUUUCUGGCAUAGUAGACCCAGGCCCUCCACAACGAGAUCGAUGUGGUCCGACGAGUGAGGACCCGUUCAAGGUCAUGUCGAUAUCAUCCGGUACUGCCGACCACGGUGGUUUUACUGGAAUGCAAAUCGAGAUUUCCACCACCUCAAUCACGUCUCUGACUCCAAUACAGGGCGAUUCCCCAGCCAUAACAACCGAAACAGGCACGGACGCUUUAAAUACAUCGACGCCGAUGGCUCCCACAGCAUCUUCGGUAUCACUGCAUGGGCUGAAAACUGGCGAUGCCGUGGCUAUUGGUGUAUGCGCAACGAUAGCUGCUCUGGCGCUUUUCCUGGCACUCUUGUGUGUCUGCAGGCGGAGAAGACGUUCGAAGGUAUACAUCAAGACUCCCCCAAGAUCAAGGGCUUUCGUUGCGCAUGACCAGCCGCCGACCGGCUCCCGUGCGAAGUUGGUCACUUCACCUCAUGAUUUUCUGCCAAAAUCCCUGCAACCUCUAACUCCUCCAAUGCGUCUAAGAGAUCGCAGGUAUCUCUCGCCGGUUACUAGUCAUCACCCGAUACGGUCUUUUUUUGCCCCUUCAUAUUCUAGUCAAUCAGAAUCAAUCUUCCCAGAGCAUUCAAUUCCCCCACGUACAACAGGCAAACCCUUGCCUAGAUAUACACGUCACGCUGUCCUGACAAGUAUUCAAUCCGAUACUGUCAUGGAUACUCUUGCGGACGUACCACGAAGCAGCAUGAGUUCCGUCAUCAGUAGGCCGACAAAUGUCUCGAUCUUGAAUACAGCAAAGUCUAGCUCUAUAGCCACCACCACCACCACCACCACCACCACGGAGAUCACCAACCCUGCCAGGCAUGGGUCACCACCGCUUUCACCAAUACGUCCACAGCGUCCGCACAACUCGCCUCUGAAUAUUCCCGGCCUUCUGAUGCCGGUGACUCCACCACCCGAACACGCUCUUCCACCAGCACCGUCCACCUUUCAUCUUCAGUCCUCACUCUUCUCUCCACCGAUACCACCACCUAAGUCUCCACUGUCUCCAGCUUUUUCGGUAUCGCCGCUGUCACUCGUUCCGGCGCUCAAAACAGCUCCGCUGCUGGCGUCCUUCCCAUCUGCCGGGGAAAUCGGCGUUGCCAUAGGUGCGAUCGGCCCAACCUCGGCCACGGGUGUCGCAUUGCAACCUUCUUCGCAUGUUCUCUGCGGGCUUACAGGAACGCACGAUCAGCAAACGUGUGUAGCGAGUGAAGGCUGGCAUAGCUGGAGUAAUACGGACGGUGGAGAGCCGAAGGCGAAACGAGAGAGCCCUCGGUUGACUGGUGGGAAAGCUAGUGGAUCUGAGGAUGUCAGCACAACAAAGAAAUUGAACCUCGAAAAUUUAGGAGGUAGCUAUUAA